AUGGCUACUGCAGUCGCAGUGGCUGGGUCAGACGCACGCACCGGUAGAGGAAUGAUGGAAGAGCCGGUGGGAAUAGCAAGAUGGAAGACUUUCAGCCUCGAUGGGCAUCACUACUACUAUGAUGAGAGCAGAAAAUUGCAGGAAGCACAUGCACCAUGCAUGCCUCCGAAAGAGAUGACUUUUAAUCUGAUGUUCUUCAGACAUGUUUUUGAUCACCUGGCGAAGACUUCAGGUUCAGGAUCACGAGUCUCAGUUGUGGCUCUCCGAAACAUGUCCGCUAGACUCAUGGAGAAGAUGCAGGUGACAGAUCCAAUGAACAUCGACUUCUUCGGGGAUAUCGCCAAAAAGAAGUGCACUUGGAAUGACGUGUGCAAAUCACUUCUAGCUGUUGGACACCCUCGGGUAAGUCUGACUCCUACGGAGCGUUUGUUUGUCACCCUUGAGGCUGAGGAUAGCAGUCAUAUUGCAAAGGUUUGGUUUUAUAUCGUCAUGACCGUGACCAUUGCCAAUGUCAGUGUCUUCAUUUGGCCAAAGCUGCUUCUUGAUGCCUUUGAUGUCAUACACAUAAGUGACACGGAUGCGUGGAGCCUCUAUUUCAAAGAUGCUUGCAUGACUGUGUUUACUUUGGAUUACCUGUUGAAGAUGGCAUGUGCACCCUUCGUACGUCUUGAAGUGGUGGAGCCAUGCGUCGAAUACUUUGAUAUUCACAGCUGGACUUAUCGACCUAUGUCGCGCUGGGAGCGCUUCACACAUGCUUUCAAGGAGUCGAGUAAUGUCAUUGAUCUUUUGGCAGUCCUCCCAUGGUGGUGUGACCUGAUAUUCGUGCACUUCUUACCUGCUGCGUCGUUCUUGCGUAUUCUGCGCUUGGCUCGGGUCUUUCGAAUCUUCAAAUCAGUGAGACACCUUGACAUGAUGCAAGUGCUGGGGAUGACACUGUGGAAGAGCAUGGGCAUGGUGGUGAUCGUUUUCACGAUGAUCACAAUCAUAGGCCUCAUUGCUGCUUGUGUGCUUCAGCAGGUGGAAAGGGAUGCCAAGGCCUUCGAUUCUGUCCUGGGCUCUUGGUACUGGACUUUCUGCAGGUUGAUUGGGAUGAAGGACACUCCCCACCACCAAGGUACCGUGACCUCUUACUGGGGAAUUGCCAUCCUUGGAUGCACUUUGACACUGAAGGGCGUCCUGUGGAUUGUCCCAAUUGAACGCAUCAAACAGAUUUUUUCCAAAGAAUAUGCGGAUGUUGUGCAGGGCAAGAACUUGCAGGCCGAGGUAGUGAAGGAUGUGAAGCAGAUCUUUGAAGAUACACACGAAGAUGUGGAACAUAUUGUGAGAGAAGGCCCUGCAAAAUAUGUUUGUGCCAUCCUGAGCAUCGAUACCAAAGCAGGGUCUCUGCAAGGCUGUGUGCCACUGCCAAUCAGCAGGAAUUCUCCUUUUGACAACACCGGCAGCGAAAUGCGCAUAAAGCUUGAGAGCAUAGAUGUGAAGGAUGCGUGGUUUGCAAAGGUCAAGAUCAAGUGGACACCGACUGACGGCAUGGAGGACCUUCCAUCCGGCCAGCUCCUGGUAGGAAUUGCUGGAAGUAAGCUGCCAGCCUAUGCCAGUGAGGCAAGAAUCGAGGUGCUCGUUGGAUCUGAUCAAACGCAGGAGAAAAAGCUAACCCUAGACCUGGGCAAGUCCAGGGAAGAUGUGAGUUUUGACAUCCAAUGGCUGGGAAGAAAGUCAGAUGAGAUCAAAAAGUCCGUCUCAACCAUUGGGCAUCAUGUCAAAGACCUUGAUGACUUUCAGGUUCAAGUCCUCCAAAUGCUGCGGGAGCAAGAAGACAUGCUUCAGAAUCAGAUGAAGCAAAUAGCAAGUCAGUCUGAGGAGCUUGCCGCCUUGAAGCUCCAGAAAGCAAAGUAGGAGACAGAUGCAACCAGAUGCAGAUGCAGAUGGACAGCUUCAACUUGCACGAAAGCAAAGGUUGAGGUGGAUGCUUGAACAAAAUAAGUACCACCUCUGUUUCAUCUUCCGGGACACCAAGUGCCCGAGCCUAUUCACUAGUUGGUUAAGACACGCAAGUAAUUAGUUGCGUGGGGCACGGAGCCGCUAUCACCAGAGGUGAUUGCAGCUGAAAGUAUCACCACAUGCCAAGUGCAGG